CAUAAUCUUUCUGUUGAUUUUCUAUCAGAAGACUGACAAUGGCAAAUCCGAAGGUUUUCUUUGACGUUUUGAUUGGAAAGGCAAAAGCUGGCCGAAUUGUAAUGGAACUAUUUGCAGAUGUCACCCCAAAAACAGCUGAGAACUUCCGUGCCCUCUGCACGGGUGAGAAAGGGAUUGGAAGGUUGGGCAAGCCUCUACACUACAAGGGCUCGAUUUUCCACCGCAUAAUCCCGAACUUCAUGUGUCAGGGUGGGGAUUUCACUAGGGGUAAUGGAACAGGAGGUGAAUCAAUAUACGGGAUGAAAUUUGAGGAUGAGAAUUUCAAGAAGAAGCACACGGGUCCUGGCAUACUAUCAAUGGCCAAUUCAGGCCCAAACACAAAUGGAUCACAGUUCUUUAUAUGCACUGAGAAGACAGCUUGGCUGGAUGGGAAGCAUGUCGUCUUUGGGCAAGUUGUGGAUGGUUAUAGUGUCGUCAAGGCAAUGGAGAAGGUGGGUUCAGAUAGCGGGUCGACAACAUCUACGGUUGUGAUUGAAGAUUGCGGUCAGGUAACGGAAGGCUGAUUUUGAGAUGGGUAGGGAUGGUGUGAUCAUAAACCUGAAUGUGACUUUCAGGGAUGGAGUUUUGUUCUUUUCAGCAUAAUCUCCUGAAUUUUGCAUCUUUAGAGGCAUCACUGA